GGUGCGGGAGUUGGUGGAUGUGCUGUUGCGGCUAGAUUGGCUCAUGCUGGUUUCCAAGUUGAGGUCUAUGAGAAGAAUGAGUUUUCUGGGGGAAGAUGUAGUUUGAUACAUCAUGAAGGGUAUAGGUUUGAUCAGGGCCCUUCACUUGUCCUCUUACCACCUAUCUUUCGCCAGCUCUACUCAGACCUCGGGACUUCUAUUGAGAAACAUGUCGAACUGGUCCAAUGCAAACCCAACUACACUUUGCAUUUCCACGAUGGAGAAAAAGUCGUUUUGUCCAGCGAUAGAGCCGCCAUGGCCUUGGAGGUAGAGAGGUUCGAAGGGCCCGAAGGAUCAGAGAGGCUGGAGGGAUUUCUUCGUGAAGCCGCCGUCCACGGUAAACUAUCUUAUGACCUCGUCCUCAGUCAAACGUUCAAUUCUAUCUUUGCUUACCUUCGUCCUUCGGUCGUAAUCAACGUCCUUCGCUUUCACAUCUUCACGAGCAUGUGGAAUCGGUGUGAAAAGUAUUUCCAGACGGAUCGGAUGCGUAGGGCGUUCUCCUUCGGAAGCAUGUAUCUUGGGAGUUCACCGUUUGACUCUCCGGGGGCUUACACAUUAUUACAAUGGAGUGAGACGUGCGAAGGCAUCUGGUAUCCAAAAGGAGGAUUCCACCGGGUACCCGCUUCACUGCUCUCUAUCGCCGAAUCACACGGUGCCAAAAUCCACUAUUCUACUCCUGUAGAUAGUGUGACUUACACCGACGGCCGUAUCACCGGUGUUCGGCUAGUCAGUGGGGAAGUGAAAGAGGCAGAUGUGGUAGUCGUCAAUGCGGACCUGGUUUGGGCAUAUAACAAUUUGUUCAAGGAGAUACCUUCGAUCUCGGAGAAUGGGAUUGCGAAACAGUUGGAAGAAAGGGAGCAUUCAUGUUCGUCAGUCUCGUUCUACUGGGCUAUGGACUCCGUGAUUGAGACAUUGGGUACUCAUAAUAUAUUUUUGGCGGAAGAUUACAAAGGCUCAUUCGAUGAUAUCUUCAAACGUCAGAGUAUGCCCCGAGAGCCCAGUUUCUACGUCAAUGUGCCUUCUAGAAUUGACCCAUCAGCAGCUCCACCAGGUAAAGAUACCCUCGUAGUUUUGGUUCCCGUUGGACAUCUCAUGCCUCAUUCCUCUCAUGUACGUGAGAACGGUCAAGAUGGAGUAGGCGAAAACACUCAAGAAUGGUCAAUUUUGGUGGAACGUGCCAAAACACAGGUGAUAGAUGUUAUGGAAAGUCGAUUGGGAAUUAGUGGGUUAAGGGAGAAGAUAAUAUGGGAAGAAGUGAAUACACCUCUUACUUGGAAAGAUAAAUUCAAUUUGACUCACGGUAGUAUACUCGGUAUCACUCAUGAUUUCUGGAACGUACUUUGGUUCAGACAUCAAGCCAGGCAUUCGAAAUUGAAAGGAGCUUAUUUCGUUGGUGCUAGUGCUCAUCCAGGUACUGGGGUCCCAAUCUCCAUAGCUGGAUCCCGUCUAUGUCUCCAGACUAUCCUAUCUGACCAUUCUAUCCCUCUUCCUGAGACAUACCAUCCUAAUUCUUCUUUCACCACAACCACAUCAGCUUUAGACAUCCAUCAACCUAAACGUCUUUUCCACAUAUUAGAAGAUUACCUUCCUACCAUUCUCCUUUGCUUGAUCGUCUUUCUCCUCACCACUUUGGCGCUCAAGGUUGGUUUUCCAUCCUUCGAAGGGCUCGAUGGGAAAUUGGUGGGAUCGAUCGGGAAUCAUACUCUCAAGAUCGAUUUUUGA